AAAGUUCUUAACUGUUGGUUUUUGAAACGAGCAAACAAGAGGGAAUGGAUUAUAGAGAUGCAUGGGGUUGGAUUGGGAUUGGCAGUAGCGGAAGAAGCCAUGAAGGGAUUCCAAUCCAUCAUAAGCAUCGAUAACUGCGAAGGAUGCGUCAAACGUUGUUUAGCU